AUGCAAAGUGUCACUUUCCACAGCGUUUUAGCCAAGGACAGUGUCCCUGUAAAGGUUUUGCGGGGUUACGGGGGCCCCCGUAAGGUUUUCGGCCAGUACAGGAGCCUGGUACGGGGGCCCCUCCGUAAGGAAAAUUUGGGAGACAUGGGCAGUGGCCUGCCUCAAUAUCUUCUACCGUACAGAAUGACACGGAACCCCCAAGAUCGCUGGAGCACGGAGCAUCUGGUGCAGAUCGUCAGCGUGCAGCCUGGACCCGAUCGCGCUGAUGGCAACCUGGUGGUGCUCGACGACGAAAGCAUGCGGGAAGUGUGUGAGCACUGUGAGCAGCAUGGCUGGCGCCUUGAUGGCGACGAUGCACUGGCGGACUCGGAGGAUGCUGGUAGGCAGGCGCGGCCCAAGAAGGCCGGUCUGGAGAAGCCGUGCAGGCCCCGGCAGCACAAGAUAGAGGACCGGGCUCCCACAGAGGCGAUCCGGGCUGUGGACGCUGCACCACAAAUCGGCUGGCGCCGGCUGGUUACCAUCACCCAGCUACUGCAGCAAAAGGUGCACGGCUACCGCCUGCUCGGAGCACCCCUCCUAGCAGCCACCAAUCACGCCAACCUUAUGGAAUUGGGAAAGCUACUUGGGCAGGCUAAUGCCCGCUGUGCAGCCCCUAUGACUGUGGACUUUUACGGGCAGCCCUGCAAUCUGCUCAGCGACGAACCAGAAGUCAUCGCCAACUGCAUCGGCAUUCAAAAUACGGACCACACGGUCAGCCGGCUCUGGGAGACCUGCACGGCGUCCAUGUCAGGAGACGACCCGCAAUACCGGCUUCCCACGGGAACCCUGGUCCUGCCCCUGCUGGGUGAGGCCAGCUUCCCGCUUACCAUGCUGAGCAUGGGCAAUGGAGAACUCAAAACCAGCGGAGGUUGCUUCCUUGAUAUGGAAGGCACCCACAUCCAUGCUGCACUCCCGGCUGGCUCACCAUAUGGCACCAAUGUCCAACUUGCGCUUACACCCCUGGAUGCAACCAACGCUUACAACCGCCCCAUGAGCGCCACGGGCCUUGCAAUUGCGGCGGCACGAGGAGGAAACGUGAAUGAGACGCUGUGCUCGGCAUACCUCUAUGAGGAGCGCCGUGACUCUCUGAAGGUUCUCCGGAAGCAGGUCAUCCUGGCCAUCGCAACUGCCUGCCAGGUCGCACCUCCGAACCCGCUGCGCGCACCCUCGCCCCUGAAGGCUAAGGUGCCGACCCCGAUGGGCCCAACGAGAAACGAUCUCCUGGCGCUUGAUGGGGAUGAUGAAGACUGGGACGCUGCGCUGCCAAACCUGGGCCGCAAUCUGAUGGAGGACAUGGACCAGGCCGCCAUGGAAGUGAGUACAUUAGCAAACCCCAACACCUUGAAGGUAGCCACCAAUAGCCUAAGAAACAAAGCUUGUGAGCCCCAGUGCCAUGACGGCCCCCUAAUGGUGCGCCUGGGAAAAACAUCAAUGCCAUCCUGUCCCCCCCAAUCUAGCAUAAGGAAGAAUGUGUCUGCCCCCCUGCCUGCACCCCGCCCCCCUAGGUUUGAACCCUGUGACCCAACAGCCAAGAAGGCGCAGGGCCUCGGCAUGCCAGUGGAACCUGGCCAACCAGCCAACGAGAAAAUAUCUCAGGAGCAGGAUGCAGCCACGCUUGGCUACUGUGAAAGGGAACACGGCCGGGAUGCCAGCUGGGAGAUAGGGAGUGCGAGCCAGAACAACGCCGGCACCAUUUGGAUGAUACCGUUUCGAAAGAGUGACCCCAGUGGCGAUGCAGGGCCGCCAUGGCACAUGCAACCCAAGGACGGCCUGGGCUGCGGCCCCACAGAUAAAACAGCAAGAGAUGCGUGCAAUGUGGGAACUAGGUGUGUCCCCCAUGAUCUUAAGGGUGAGGACGUGACUUCAGUAGUACACCUGUACGAUGAUUGGGAAUGUGGCCGGAUGGCGUGUCGAAAGACAAGACAUGCCGGGGUGAAUGAUGCCCCUGACAGCCGGACAGACACUCAGGGGAUAUUCUCGGUCAAGGAGAUGCGCUGUAGUAUAGCUUGGCAAUCUGAUGUGUGUGACUCGAUCAAGGGCUGGAUAGGGGGGGAGCACAAGCCGGUAUCCUCAGCCGGCAACACUCCUGCCCGCCGUCAAUUGUGGACUUUGGCAUAUUGGUUCCAUGUGGCCUAUCCUUUACAUCAUCUUCAGCAUAUUGCUUGUAUGUUCAGCAUGAUUUCUAACUGCUGGCCGCGGCAUGUCGGCGGCAUCUCGCCGGGGAACGAAGGAAACGGUCGACAAUGCACGUUGGCCGGCAUGCUGACCAGUCGUAAAGCCACUUCUGAGCCCGCAGCAACAGAUAUUUUGAGGCGGAAGAGCCGUUACUUGGGCCAUCGGGCAGCGCCAGUGAAGGUCCAAGCCUACUUUUCCCAGCACCACCACCUCCCAACUUCGGAAACGCCAGCACCGUGGCCCUUCCUCCACGGAAGAAAAGGCACACUCAAGCCAACACCGCCGCCAAGGGUCCAACAGCCGGCAACACUCCUGCCCGCCGUCAAUUGUGGACUUUGGCAUAUUGGUUCCAUGUGGCCUAUCCUUUACAUCAUCUUCAGCAUAUUGCUUCAGCCGGCAACACUCCUGCCCGCCGUCAACCCCCAAUGCCAAGUCCAUGCCAUGUCCACCAACAAGAUCGAUGCCGUUGGUGUCCCCCCGGGGCUUGAGCGGCCUCAUAUUCCCAACGCGGACAUUGUUUGGCUGACUGACGCUUGUGGUGAUUUCAAGAGCUGGGCCUAUGCACUUCAGGGCUCGACGACGGUCAUCUGCUUUUUUUUGCAACACACAUAA